ACUCUGUGUGCUAGUGUGUGUGAGAGAGCUAGAGCGACAGUGGCGCAGCAGGCAGUGUUGUAAGGUGCCAAAAAAGAGUGAUCUCGACGGGCUACUAGUUGUCCCGCUCGCACUCCAGUGAGGCAAAUGUCAAAGUCUGUUCAGUAGCAAAACAGAAUUGCAGCCGAGAAAGGCGAAAUCAGCGACAAAAUUAGACAUUAGCAGGGUUUACAUAUAGAUUAGGGCAGCAAAACGACAUAACGCCCCGAGUGGUACAUUAUCCAAUGGAGUCGGCCAAGGAUUUUGUGGUGGCCAAGUACCAGGACUUAUGUAACUUCCUGGAGCGGGACACGCGCGGCAGCGAGCUUGCCAUCUACGGCACCUCGGCUCUCAUGCUGGCCGUGGCCUAUGCGAAGCGGAAGCCGGCCUACCUGGUGCGCCAGUUCAAGCAGCCCUCGCACAUCCCGGAGCGCCUGAUCAGGGAGCGCGUCAUGCACACGGGCAGGAUCGCCGGAGUCAAACAGCAGGAGCAGGACACACUGCUGAUGAUCCAGCAUCGGCCGCUGAUUCCAAUCUUCACCAGCCGCAAACGCCUGCUGCCCGUCAAGCUGCCGGGCGUGCGCGUCAAUGCAAACGGCUACUCCUGGUUGCAGCAGUGCCUCAUUGGCCGCGAAGCCACCUUCCUGCCCCUGAAUGCCGCCAAGGGACAGGACUUUGUCGUCUGUCAGCUAUGCCUGGUCCAUCCGCCCAGGGGCAACCGCCUACUGGACGUCUCGGAGACCCUGCUCAAGCUUCGCUUCGCCCGAUUCGUGCAGGAUGCCUCCGCCGCGGUUAAGAGGAACGGGAAGUACUACCAGCAUCUGAAGAAGGUGGAGCAGACCACCGCGGAGAAGGAGGCCUGGCUGUCCUGGGCUUCCGGCUAUCCCUACAUCUGGCGCCGCUAUAACGAACUGAGGCAGCGCUGGUUGCCCAAGGAGAAGCUGCUGCCGGAGCUAGUGCGCUGAUUGCGAUCUCCACGCUCCUGCUUCAAACUUAGUUACAGGGCGAGCUCGCUACCAUUAAGUUAGUUCUAUGGCCAGUUACUCUAUAUUUUAUUGAGCCUUUUUUACUAACAGCAUUUCUUUACAAAUCCUUGAGCACAAGUACAGAAGUCAGUCUCAAAGGCAUAUUAGUGAAUAGCUAGCGACUUGCCCAACGACAACGAUUUAAGCGACAAUCGACGCCCAGGCUACGGGGCAAUCGACGUGAUCGUGUGCUAAUUUGCACACCCAGUAUAGCGAAGAACGUCAUUUUUUAAAUAUUUAAAUAAGCGAAAUGUUUUUACCACGGAUCAGAGCGUGUGCCUGGGUGUGUACGUGUGCGUGUUUCCCAAAUAAAAUGCCGAAAUACCCAACUCUUUA